UAAUUGAACUAAGUAAUUCUUGUGUGGUACGAUUUUGUAACUUUCAAUGUGUAACUUUCAGUGUUUAAGUAUUGUGACAUCCCGCUUUCCUAGUUAAUUGAAGUCAUUAUUCAAUGUCAUACUCUUUUUAUAUACCUUGUACUACUUGAAUGCACUUAGCAGCAAUGACUACCGAAGAACCCGAACUUGCUGAAAUUGAAGGUCCUUCCAAAAAGCCCCGUAAGACUUGGAGGCAAGUGGAAGAGGAUACCUUACUCAAGGUUAUGAUCAAUGAGGUUUCUGAAAAGUGGAAGUGGCCUGCUGAAAAUGGGUUUAGACCCGGGUUCUUCACACACUGUGAGGUCGAGUUGGCAAAGGUCUUGCCUUAUGCUAACAUUAAGGCGAACCCUCACAUCGACUCAAAAGUUAGGUAUUAAAAACAAACAUACCAUAAGAUACUUGACAUAACAGAUCUUAGUGGGAUGAGUUGGGACCAUACCAACAAACGCAUUGUGGUCGAUGACCCAACGGUGUGGGCGGAGUACGUAAAGGCCUGCCUAAAAAAGGCCAAAGGCAUGAACAUGAAGCCAUUCCCAAUGUUUGAUGAUUGGGUUGUCCUCUUUGGGAAGGAUAAGGCAACGGGGGAGGGUGCGGAGGAUCCGGUGCAAAUGGCAAUGCCGGAUGUAUUUUGUGAAUCAGAUGAUGUUUACAUGACCCACUUUGGUCCAGAAUUUGACGGUUCCUUCUUCAAUGAAACCCCUUCCACUCCCACCCUUACUCCCACACGUCCGAACUCUACACCUCUGGCCUCCACACCUCCUACCUCCACACCGCAUAGGUCACUCCCGACCGCCACUCCCCGACCCACCUCGGCUCCGACUAAUCCUGCACCUAAGAAGGGGAGGAAGAGGACAAGAAUGGGUGAGGAGGAAGAAUCCUUCCAUGCAAACAUGAAUGCUUUUCUGAAUGAUACAUCGAGCCAUAUGGAGGAAAUGGUAAACUCAGUUGGGUAUGAAAGAGACCUAUCAAAACGCCGAUUGAACGUUUAGAACGAGGUCGGGAAGCUUAAUAUCACACUUACACAAAAAUUCAAGUUAAAUGCUGUUAUUUGCGAAGAGGAACAGAUGGUGGACAACUUCUAUGGGUGUAAAGAGGAGGAGAGACAAGAAUAUGUUAAGGCCAUCCUCAAUGGUGAGGUCUAUGGACCAAUUUGAAGUGGCCAAGAGUGAGAAUAUUGGUACCUAUUUUUGAAGAGGCCAAUAUUGCAAAUGAUAUAAAUAGGGUUGACAUUUUUUGUGUAACUAAGUACUUUUAUAACUAGUGGUACCAAUUUUUUGUGUAAGUAAGAGCCAAUGGA